CCCAUAUACGGAAAACAAGGAUGGCUGGAGUGGGCAAACUCAGCCUCAGUGAACUUGAUCAUAUCUUGCAGCCUGCAACAGCCGCAAUGGGGGCACCAAUCCUAUUCUCUACAAUUGAGGUAACGCGUCAGGUCUUUUACCGAUCCUCUCUUUCGUAUGCCAUUGUCAACCUCAAGCCUAUCGUACCAGGGCAUGUCCUUGUUAUACCAAAUCGUCCUGUAUCAAGGCUGACAGAGCUUACGACGCCCGAACUUACCUCUCUUAUUACAUCGGUCAAAGAUGUCGGAUCUGUGAUAGAGCGCGUCUAUUCGGGCGAUGCACUCACAGUUGCUUGCCAGGAUGGGAAAGCAGCCGGCCAGUCCAUCCCUCACGUCCAUUUCCAUAUUCUACCCCGCAAAUUCAAAGGGGACUUCUUCUCGGGGCGGAAUGAUGACAUAUACCCUGCUCUAGAGGAAGCAGAGGAGUCGUUGCCGCGCGACCUUCAAAGCGUGGAGCAGGUCAAACAUAGUCGGCUGAGGGUCGAUGCUGAUGACAAGAGAGAAACAAGGACGAUGGACGAUAUGGAGAAGGAAGCUAUUUGGUUGAGGACUUUCUUCAAGGAACGGGACUCCGCUGCAUAAUAAAGGCAAUUGUAGAACGGUGGAUAGUUCUAAUAUAAUUUUUGAUCCUAUGU